AGAAUUUAAAUCUUUACCAUUUUACGUUCCUUUUUGUUUCAUUUUAGCAAACUUUCCUUUCUCACAAAACGGUUAAUAAUUUGAACAGCAAAUGUUUUUAAAAACGCCAUUUUCAUAAACUUUGGCUGGAAGAGAGAGGGUGACUUAAUCGCGCCCGCAUGAAAUGGGGGGGAAAGCGCAUGAGACGCCGUCCAUCGAAUCAGCUGCUUCUCGCGGUUGCGCCAACGGUAAGGCGACUGCAACAGUUCAUUUGCGCGCUGACUUUGCUCCGUGUAGCACGUGUUAGGGCGAAGGCACAAGCACAAGCAGCGUACACACUUCGAUCUAUCGUUCUUAUUUGCGUGAUCGUUCGAGUGAAUAAAGUGCACUUGGUGGAGUAAAAAAAACGAAACGGUGUAGUGGAAAUUUGAUGAAGAAAAACAGCAAACGCAUUGCAUACAGCGUUAAAACUAGGUUUUGCGAAUGGUACGCUAAAGCCAGCGCCAGUUCCUGAUUUUCCGCUUGAUUAAGCAGGCCGAUCGCGGUAAGGUAUUAAGUUCGUCGCCGUCAUCGUUGUCGUCGUUGUCGUUAGUGAAGUGAGUGAAGGAAAAACAUCAUAAAAAAAGAAAAGAAAAAACCAAGCAUGUAGCUCGAUUGGAAGCAAAAUCGACAGCAGCCAGCGCCUUAGUGACUAGUUUGUCCCGUGCCCGUGUUGCGUUAUUGAAUGAAGCGAAUAAAAUUCCACGUUUGUUCCAUACUUGGUGGGAAUUGAGCUAUUUUUGCCUGGAUGGAAUGCAUCCGUUGGAGGUGAUGAAAUGAUCUGUGUAAGUGGUGUAAUGGUUGAUGGUGCUAGUGUGAUCUUGGGUGGUUUUUGCGUCUAAAUUGGCAUUCGGCUAAAUACUUUCAAGUGAUUCAUUUUCUAACGCUUUGUGUGUGUGCGUGUGUGUGUGUGCAAGUGUGUGCAAGUGUACGUGUGUCUGUAGCAGUGGGUUUGUGUGGAUGCACCGUUUGAUCGGUGCACCGAUGCAGAUUCGAUCGGGCACAUUCGAUGAGUUUGGUGACGUGUGGAUUACGAUCAGCGAGUCUGCUUCCGGGAACGACGUCCGAACGGUCACGGUGCCGAAGGAAGCAGACCGUCGGAUCCGGAACAGGAACGAUGCUGGAAACUGGCCAUGGGCCGGUCGCCGGCAACACAGGAAGCGGAAGCUGUCGCAGCAAUCACGGAACGACGUCGGUGCUGCAACCAUCCAACAGCCAAAACAACGGUGGCCCGAGCAACAGUGCCAACAUCGACGAUAAUCCCAUUCCGGCCGAUCUGCGCUGGAUCGAGCGGAUGGUGAUGGAGGCCGAACAGCAAUACCCCGGGGAGUUGGUGCGCACCGACAGUCCUUACUUUCUGUGUUCCGCCCUGCCGAACCAUUGGCGCUCGAACAAAACGCUCCCGAGUGCCUUCAAGGUGAUCUCGCUCGGGGACGUCAGCGAUGGCACGAUGGUCACUAUCCGGGCCGGCAACGACGAGAACUUCUGUGCCGAGCUGCGAAACUGUACCGCCGUGAUGCGCAAUCAGGUGGCCAAAUUCAACGAUCUCCGGUUUGUGGGCCGCAGUGGACGAGGGAAAAGUUUUACGCUUACGAUUACGAUCUGUACAACGUUGCCACAGGUCACUACAUACUGCAAAGCGAUAAAGGUGACGGUGGACGGACCACGGGAACCACGAUCGAAAACGAAUACGCCACAGAUGCGUCCACCACCGUUGCAUCGGUUUUUGGAACAACCCGCGUUCAACCAUCAUCACUACCCAGGUCGUCCGGCAUCGUUUGGAGGUGCUGGAGGGAACAACGGACUCGGCAGUAAUGGCAUCGGUACUGGAACUGGCACCGGUAGUGGAGGAGGCGGUGGUGGUGGAGGUGGUGGAGGAGGUAUUGGAGUUGGUGCUGGCAGUGGUGGAACCGGUCUCGGGAGCGGAAACGGCAAAUCCUCUUCUGUCAACUACAGCAACACUGGAAGCACGAGUCUUCAUUCGCAUCCUCAUCAUCAUCAUCACCAUCAUCAUGGGACGAGCGGUACGGGUGGAAAUGGAACGGGACCGGGUGGCAAUAUGACCAUCAAUACCAGUGCCGAAUCGAGCAGUGAUUACAAACCUAAUCUCGCGCUUACAGACUACACUAACGUGCCGGACUGGACGAAUGGGUUGGGAGCACCUUCGAGCACGUCCUACAUGAACACCUUCUCACCACUGCAGGCCAGUCCACCUUCGUACGUGGCGUACGAAUCCUGUCCGAUGGUGGACCAUCCCAAUUACAGUCUGACGGCGUCCGGAGUCGUUUUAGAUAACUUUCAACCGUACCAAGACUACUACGGACUUUCUGGGCCACCUCCACCACCGCCACCUCCGCCACCACCGGUAGCUCCCGUAGCAGCGUCGGUCAAUUCGCAAAGCCAACACGGUGGUGGUCCGGUGGCGUCCGGCGGUAGUAGCUCAUAUGUCGCCAAAACUGGAGAACUGGUAGAAACGGGCUCGUAUACUUCCUAUCCUCCUCAUCACACCCAAUGGACGAACGGGUAUCACGGUAGCUAUCAUCAUCAUCAAUACAACCAUCCGGUGGCCACAGCGCCCGGUUGUGCUUCCUCGCUAGCCGUGGCCACUCAACCCCCUGCAAGCUUCCACACACCGGCUGCUCCACCACCGCCCCCACCGAUGGUGCUAUGUCCACAGAUGUUCAGCACAGUCAACCAGAACCAAAUUCACGUGCAUCUGCACGGAUCGGGAAGCGAAAAGUUCGAACACUAUUUCGGUGCCGCGGACAACGGUUUUACGAUUAAUUCGUUUCCCGGGCCAAGCAUUCGAUCAGUGCCAGCACCGGUGACUUCUUCACUGUCUGGUUCAUCCGUGGACAUUGGCGGAAUCGGGUCCCAACAUCAGGACAGUGGCGGAGGCUCGGUGGGCGGAAACGAUACACUCACGGCGCUACUUUCGGCACAUCACGAGGAUGCGCAACAUUCCGGUGCUGGUCCAGAACAGCAGCAGCAACAGCAACAGGAUGAAGGUCGGGGUGAGGAAACAGUGUCCGGAGAUCCGAGCAGCGUUUGGCGACCUUAUUGAUCCUCUUGUUCUGUGGGCCAGCUUGGUUUGCGUUAGUUCGACAAAUUCACUCUAAUUACUCGACUAGACAACCAUCAUUCUGUUUUAGGAAGAAAAACUAAGAGGUCUGUAUCUUUCAUCAAUCCGGGGGUUUUCCACGUUUUGGGCGCGAGUUAAACAAACGGAACACAAACACGGUACGGUUGUGGGGAUGUAUCGCUCGACUAAGAGGGAAUGGUUUGAAAGGAACAUGCUUUGCUGUAUGCAAUCGAUUUACGAUUUACGAUAGUGCCUUACAAUAUCCCGUUUGUAUCUUCAACAUCUCACAUUGACAUGGUUUUAUACAACUGAAGAUCUUACUUGUACAUGUUUCUCUAAACUACUGUUCUUGAGAUAAUAAUUUAGCAUAGUUAGAGAACGAAGAUUGCUGCAUAGUUUGUCCUCUACUCGUGUGUAUUUAUAUUUACAACAACUUAAACUGAAAUCGUUCGAUGAAUGAAAUAUGUUUAGAACACUGGAAACGAUGUAUACAUUGUGUUUUCUGCAUGUUUUUUGUCCCUCAAUAGUGAAGCCAGGAACACUUGAACAUAUUCGAAAAUGCUACCUAUAUUUGAACUUCGUGUGUGUGUGUUUAAUGAAUAAAAAUCCCAUUGGCGUACGGUGUGAAACGAUUAGCAAAUGAUUCUACCUAAGGCCCACCCCUUACCUUGUGUGUAUGUGUUCCACAUUUGAUGAGCAAAAUGUAUAAAGUACAGCAUCAUAGAUCGAAUGUGUAUUGUGAUUGGAAAAAUUAAGCACACUUAUAUACGACAAUCAGCCUAUCCCAAAAAAGAAAAAAAGAAUGAAGAAAGCAUUUGUUCAUUUACUAGAACUGCAUUACUGUCUUGUUGUAUGAACCAUCAGCAUGCGAAUGCGUAGAAAGAUCGUUGGAACGAGGCGAGCAUUAUGAAGGCGGGAAAAGGAUUGAUUUCAAUGACGGUGUCACAUGUGUGUAUUGAAUGCAUAAGGUUGUAAUAAAGUGUAAGAGAUAGACAAAUUUCAAUAAACUACGUAAAACAAA